UGAGUGUGAGACCGAUGCACCAUCUGCGACCGAGAGACGGCCGCACCCUGUCCUGCUUACGUCUGGAGGCAGAAAUUUGUCCCCUGCAGGGUGGAUUUCGUCGCCUUUUUAGUGCACAGAGUAGCAUAUUUAACCGCGAGUCGAGUGGAAAUGGUGCUGCAGAAGAUUUUUCGUGCGGUCAUCAUGGGUCCUCCCGGGUCGGGGAAAGGCACGGUGUCAGCACGCAUUGUUAAAACUUUCGGACUGAAACACAUUUCUAGUGGGGAUAUUUUGAGAGUCAACGUCAGCGCCAAAACCGAGCUCGGCAUGUUGUUGAAGUCCUGUUUAGACCAAGGACAGCUGGUGCCUGAUGAUGUCAUGUCCCGUCUCAUCCUGAGUGACCUGAAAGCAGUGGACCACACCAGCUGGCUGCUCGAUGGUUUCCCUCGCACAGUGGCACAGGCGGACGCUCUGGAUGGGGCCUUCAAUGUGGAUACAGUCAUCAACCUGGAUGUACCUUUCCAGACCAUCAGAGAGAGGCUGACCUCUCGAUGGACCCACCUUCCCAGCGGUAGAGUUUAUAACAUUCACUUCAACCCACCAAAAGUUGCUGGCUUAGAUGACGAGACGGGCGAGCCUCUUGUGCAGAGGGAUGACGAUAUGCCAGAGACGGUCUUACGCAGACUGAAGGCCUACGAAACUCAAACAGAGCCUGUCUUAGAGUAUUACAGGAGUAAAGGUGUGCUUGAGACCUUCUCUGGGACAGAAACCAACAAAAUCUGGCCUCGUGUUGAGCUUUUCCUUCACAAAAAACUCUGUUAAACCUGAACAAAGGCACAUGGAGGCUUCAGAUUUACCAGCGUGUCUCACUUUAAAUACCUGGCUGGAUGGGAAUAAUCUGAAUGGUCCAGAACGUUCAAACUGAAGAUCGGUUAUGUGCCGUUUAUAUCAGUAAGCAGAAACACUCAGUAUUGGCACGUCUGUUGCACAGUUUUUAAAAGGUUUCUGAUGAUCAUGAAAAUUCUUACAACAUGUGCAUGAAAUCUUUUAUUUUGAAUUUCACUCAAAUCAUUUUGAUUGUAUGAGGUGUCAUUAUUAAUUUAAAAACAUUCUAAUGAAUGUUGCAUAUAAAGAACUGAUUUUACACAGAUUAUAGACAUUAUUUUGACUUGUUGAAAGCAAACAAGCAGGAAUAUCAGUAGUGCUUCUCUGCAACUGAGGAGUUUCACAAAGCAUUAGAUUUGGUUGACCUGGAUGCUCAGUGGGACAUCUUGGAAGCAAAUUGUUGGACAUCAACAAUACACAGGUACUGAGUGCCAGGUGGAGCAGGGGUUUCUGAAUUCAGUCUUUUGUCAGGGAUGUGUUCUGGGUCCUACACUGUUCAAUGCUUACAUGGACUGGGUGUUGACAAGCGCUGUGUAGACCAGCGGCUUAGGUGUAUUUGUUGGCGGGGAAAAAACAUGCUGACCUUGACUUGGAUGAUACCAUGAUUUCAUCACUUGAGAAGCUGAGUGAGGAAUCGGAAUGUUUGGGUUUUGUUUCCUUGAUCAAGAUGUCCAGGCUUCCAAAGACUUCUUGGACUUGGCCAUCAGUAGUGUAUCUGUUGACAGUGAAACUGUCAGACUUGCAGAGAUUCACGGCCCUCUGCCUUUGAGAUCAGGAGACGCCUGGAAAGAUUUUACAAGGUCAUGCAGUUGGAGAUAAUAUUUUUGUAGGAGAGUAAAGUUCCAAGAUUUUAGGGAACUUGUGUUUUCUGUAUGGCUGUGAGAUGCGGACACUAACGAGAGACUGAAGGUGAUGUAAGAUGUCUUUUGGUACCAGGCCUCUUCAGAGGUUCCUUGGGUACCACUGGAAUUACUUUGUGUCAAACAAGUGGUUACCUGGGGAGACUAUGUGCACUGUGAAGUACAUUGCCUACGACCAGUGGCCAUAUGGUGAGUUUGUCUCCGCAUGAUUCAGCAUGCAGCCGUCACAUUUCAGCUCAGACACAUUUCACCUGGCUGCAGCAGAUAGAUGGUCACUUUCAAGAAGUGAAGAUGGACUAGCUGUCUGCCUGUAUGGCUGCCAUCCACAUCCAUAGUGUGGUGGAUGCAGUGAUGUGCAGCACCUGUGCACACUCCCAAAUGUAGACCAGGUUGUGAGUACAUAUAAAAUGACCUGCCAAUAUGUAGACCAGGAUUCAAGUCCUGCUCCUGGUACCUGCCUGUGUCCUGGGGCGAUUCCAUAGUGCAGUGAUGUGCAGCAAUCGUGGAUAUUCCCAAACCUUUGACAAAGAACGUACUCCACUACAAUGUGAUAUUUAUGCUUGAUACUCCAUGUAUGUUGUAACACUUUUUGCUGUUACAUCGGUGUUGAUUGUGACCAACUGUGAGUUGUGGAGUUAUGCAUCAAGUUUACAUUUUUUUGUUCCCCAUUAAAAAUCACUCCUUAUGCUCUUUUGAUGCCAUCAACACUCCCAGCUGAUGCAUGUACGUACGCACAAGAGUGCUUUUACUAUGUAAGGAAUUUAAGCUAAAAUUUCUCUAUGCAUGUACUGUAUUUAGAAAUUAUAUUUGGGGGGGAAUAAAACACUUGGUCUUUAAGACCAGUGCAACAGAUGUUUGCACUACUGCUAUUUUAUUAUUCUGCAGCAUUUGCUCUAAAAGGGAAAUAUACCACAAGCACAAAAUUACUGUAUGCCGUCUUCAGUAACUCAAGUGCCUUUUGCUGCUUUUUUGAGGAUGGGGUGGGAACAGUCAUUCCUCGAUGAAUUACGGAAAUAAAUGCGUUUUUAUUAAUUUUGAUCCCUUAACUCUUUAAAAGAGACAGAUGUAUAGAGUGAUUACAUUGUAAUGUUGGUUUUAACUUUAAAAUGUUAUGUGUAACACAUUUAAGUUUCCCCAAAAAAAGUUUAAAGCCAGUCUCCAAUUGCUGAUUUUUGUCCCAUUAGGGCAUGAAAACUGGUGUAAUCUGUGUUGUCAUGUCAUAGAACAUUGUGAUCAGUUGGAAAAGUUUCAAACAUGGAUUUGGUUCACAUUAUAAUCUACAAAACAUGAAUAAUCAAAUGUAAUUUAUGCAGAUGAAGGUAAUAUGCAUCUUACUGUAAUUUUAUAGAUGGCUUUGGUUUUUAUUUCAUUUGUGCAUCUUAAAAU